UUGUUCCUGACGUUACGAUGAUUCCAGGGUUCGGUCUCGGUCAUGGUCUCACGGCGGGGGAAGAGCUUGGGCGGCCCCACAAAACGUCAAGGCAAGCUGGAGCUCAAGCUCGCCAUUUCGGCAUUCGUCAUCCAUCCAUCCAUCCAUCCACGCAGCGCGUUUCGAAGAGGCUCAAUUCCGCAAAAAGAAAAAUACUCAUUAGACACGACAGCUUUGGCUUGGCCUCCCCCCUUCUCCUCAUCUCGAGAUGCGAACAGCUGCGCGCACGGCACUUGCCAUUCCACCAUCCCUCCUCCGCACAACGUGCAGUCGCAUUCCGCUGAUCACCGCGCGAUUUCAAUCUACGUCGAGCACGCGAACACGCCCGAACCCGCGAUGGCUUUCCGAAGCCCGCACACGCAUAGGCAAAUGCAUAAGUUUUGGGCUCAGCUCUGAGCAGACGCGGGAAGCUGGAGGCGUACUGCAUGAGCUGACGGACCGUUGGCGGGAACUGUUGGCAGGCAGUGAGGGCUUCCUGGCGAGCAAAGACCAAGCCGGUCAUGUCAACAACGUGGUUUACAAUCGCUACGCGGAGAGUGCGAGGGUCAACUGGCUACUCUCGUUUGCAGCAUCCGACAAGGCACACAGGAAUGAAUGGUUGGAGCUGAUGACGCCGAAGAGCAAAGGCCUCAUUCUUCGCAGCAUCAAGACGGAUUACAAGUUUCCGAUGGUGUACCCAGACCGGGUGACGGUCCUGCACAAGCUCAGAAAUAAACCGGAGGCAGAGAGCGAUCACUUUAUGCUCGACGUGUUGAUAUUAUCGGAAAGACACAGGAGAAUCGCAGCACGAUGCGAAGAGGAUAUUGUGGUGUACGACUACAAGCUUGGACGCAAAUCGCCCAUGCAGCCAUUCGUGAUUGACAAACUGCAGCAAACAUUUGACUUGCAGGAGCAGGCCAAAGCGGUCAACGGUGAGCGGGUCAGCCGUCUGCUCAAACAGGUGCAGAAGUUGGAGAAGGAUAGCUGGGAUCGUCCCGAUGCCAAAGAAGACUUUGGCAGUGCGACCACGGGCCCGUGA